AUGAAACACGCACUGACCAUCCAGGAGCCCAUCCUCAUGCCGCAGGUGUCUCAAACCACCGGCGGCGGCUCAAGGCCUGACCAGCAGCCCGCGGUCCACACCAAUCGGGCAUUUGAUUUUCUGUAUGAUCCAUUGUUCACUUUGUCAAGUGAGAAAGACCACAGAGUGGCCAAUGCCCAAGCCUUGCUGAUGCAAGGAGAACUGAGAAAAGUUCCCAGGUUUCAAAACAUGUUCAGCAACUUGACUCAUUAUCCAAGAUAUUCUCUGCACUGGAGCAAGGCAAACCCUGUUCCAUCAUUCAUCAAUCAAGAAUGGAAGAGGCCUGAAGCUGAACGUAGAGAUUGCCUUCAGAGGUUUCCAGUAAUGGAUACUUAUUUUCAGAGACCUAGAGAAGCAAAUGAAGAUCCUGAAAUUACUGGAAGGAAUCGCUAUAAAUAUUUUGAUAGACCUUACCUUCCAUUUUAUACACGGACCCCAUUCAGUGCUGUUUUUGCUACAGCCAAGACAGAAUCAUAUACUUAUCCACCUCCUUUUACUAAGCAGUCAUCAGUCCCUAAAAAUAUCACUGUGGGCACACAGACUGAUUAUCGGGAAGCUGAUGUCCAGACAGAUCCAUAUUCUCCAGAAUACGUAGUGCUUCAGGACUCAAUCCCUGAACUCCUGACCCUGGCCACUCUUAGUUGGGGUCGAGGUCUCCCUGCAGGACUGGCUGAGGUGGAGAUGAUAGAGCGUGCCCGGGAGAAGCGUGCCUGGGAAGCCACCUUGCCCUUGCUGAGUGACACUAACCAGUAUGAGAAGAGGAGGAGGAUGAUGGAUGCAAUGGAGAGGAAGGAGUGGGCCUUUCGAGAAAAGGAGAUUGAAAAAAUACAGGAGGUUCGCCUGAGAAUUUUACAAGAGUUGCUGAUGAAACGUAGUAACAAUCAAAAUGAAGUGAAUAUGAGACUCUUAAACACUCAGUGGGCUAAACUACAGGAGGCAAAGGAGACCAAAUUGGCAAAGAUUCAACACAGACAUGUAACAGAAAUGAGAAAAAUUGCAACGAAGAAAAAGGAUAGAGAAGGGACAUUUCAGAGAAGAAACAUCAUCCAGGAUUACUCUGAUUAUUCGUCACAGGUCUACGGACCUAUGUCUCGGCUUGGUCGUUUCCCAGACAGCAAAUCAGAGAACUUUGUAGUAAAAAAUCACUAUCUCGACACCUAUGAAGGACUAGUUGAACUUGAGGAAUGUCUUCCUGAUUUUGUGACACACCCCCGUAUCAAACCUCCAAAGCCCAGAAUCACCACUACCAAAGCUGGUUUUCUGAAUAAGUCAGCAAGGAUGGAACUGGAAUUGGAAGAGGUUCAUAAGGCACUGUUGGCUAAGAAGUAUGAGGUUCCUGAACCCAAGAAGCCUCUUCUCUUUCUUGAAAGAAAGCCAAUUCCUCAGCCUCGGCUUCCAACUCCAACCUUAGUAAUAGGCUCCAUUGAUGAGGAAGAUAAAGACAUGGCUGUGAUCUAUCUUCAAAAGUUACUCCGGGGCAGAGCAAUUCAGAACAUGAUGUUUGAAGGGAAGGAGAAGCGCCUGGAACUGAUCCAGGAACUGCGUACCAGUCAUGCGCUGCAGGAAGAUGGCAUGCUGGUGAAGAAAGCCGAGAACCAAGUGACCUUGGCCUUACAGCAACAAAGAAACCUGCAUGAGCACAAGUCAUCCCUAGUUGAAAACCACUUGGCUGGACUGGAAGGAAGAGUGUUGGCUGACAUGUUUGACUUCCUAUCCAAAGAGCUGGUGAGACUUCAGGAAGAGAGGAGGAUCCAUGCCUUUGCCUUGCUGGCUGAACGACAGAGGAGGAUGCGGGAAGCUGAGGAGAGUGGCAGACGCCAGUUGGAGGAAAGACGCCUGCGGGAGGAGGACCAGAUAUUUAAGGAGGUGAUUAAAAUUCAUCAAAGUACUGUAGCUUCCUAUCUUGAAGAUAUAAUACUAAAUGCUGAAGAGAAUACUGCAGAAGAUCAAGCCAGGGCAGAAAUUGAGAAGAUAGCUAAACAAAUCAAUGAUGUUUCUUAUGAAAUGGAGAAGCGUCGAACUACACUUCAGUCAGAGGAAAUUGUUGCUGAGUUGGUUUAUAGUUUCCUGAUCCCAGAAGUACAAAAGGACUUCAUCAAAGAAAAGGUGAGGAAUGCCCAACGGAAGCAUAUUCUUGCUGCCCAUCAGAUCAUCCACACUAAAAUGGAUGAAGUGCUCAGAAAUCGUUUUGAAGAAGAGCAGCUGGAGCACUGGAAGCUGGAGCAGGAACAGGAGUGGCAGUUGGAGUGUGAGCAACAGCAGCAGCAGGAGCAGGCAUGGCAACAGCAGCUGAAGGAGGAGGAGGAGCAGGAGCAAGAGCAGGAGCAGGAAGGGGAAAUAGCUGCCAGCAGUUACUGUUGGGCUGCUUGA